AUGCAACGUGCGGAUGAGGCGAAAGACGGCCAUGAUUUAAUGAGUCUAGCAACCAUAACUAAAGACUCCAUUUUGUUGACCUGGCGCUUCUUAGAUGAUGUAGCGCUUUAUUAUUUCUAUGAAAAAAGUCUUUUAAAAGACGAAUACAUAUCGUUGGAAAAAAAGAGAGAGGAAACAGACAUCAAUCUUCUUUUCCAAAGUUCUUUAAAUGAUUCAUUAACAUUUAACAGAACCCUAGACAGUAAUGAUAGUUACGCUGGAGAAGUUGAUAACAAUUUGUUCACUAAACAACCUCAGAAAAUUUUCGGCUACAAUGAACUGCAAGAUUACGUUGAGGCGACACGUGAAACUCAAACAUUGACACCUGCCAGCUUGAAAUUAAAAUCUUACCACCUGACCUAUCAAGCAAGUGGCAGUAACAGAAUGCUCAAAUCUCCACACAUUCAACCUCCUCAUCGAUCUUUCUUCAUGAACAACUUGCAUGAAAAUACCAACUACAACAUUUGCCUUUUUGCUGAUAUUGAAACUUUCCUUGACAAUCAACAAGACAAUGCUACAUCAUCCACCUUGCUUACAGUUGCAACCAAGCCAACAGAUUACGUCAAUUUUAAUGCACCACAACAUUUUUUAAAGCGAAAAGAUACCUUUGUUCAUAAAACUAAAAGGAAAAAAAAGCAAAUCCAACAGCAUUUUUUGCCACAAAGUCAUAUUUUGACAAACAUUUCAAGUAUUGCAACUGAUGACAAUUUAGUGCAACACCAUCACACACAACUUCACGAUCACACAACAAUUCAGCAUCGGCACGAGCAUCAAGAACGACACAUUCGGUCUCAUACCUCACCUUCCCCAAAACACCGUACAUCGACACAAUUUUUAGAAACGUCAACAACAUUGCUACCUAGUUUAUUAAAAUCAUCUAAUUUAUAUCGAACGACGAACAGACUGCAAUGGACGGGCAAGCAGUUAACGGUGGGCAUAACUUGCAUCCAGGCCUCCACACAGACAGGUUCCUUCGUCGUUACUGUUGGCAGCACUCUAGGGGCGUUUCUUGCUUUUGCCAUUGUCAUUUCUCUGGUGUAUUUAGCCAAGAGACAGAAUCGACCUCAAAAAAACUUGACUGGCUCGCGUGGAAUGUCUGCUUUAGGAAAUGAAAUGGCUCUCGAGAAAGCUUUACUUAGUAUCGGAGAUAGUGUCUUGUUUCCCUUUUACAACCAAAAAUUUGUCAGAGAUGUCUGUGAACUGGAGGGAGAUGAGAGUGAUUUGAAACCAAAUGAAGAUGAAAACUCCGCUGUUGGUGAAGUUUAUUACCUGGUGUGCGGUGAAAAUGGCGAAAUAAUAAUGGGCGAUGAAGAUGGCAACCCGAUUUUCGACGUGGCAGAAGGGAGUGGAGGGAGGCAACAAUAUUAUUUUGUAUCGGAUGAUGUCAUUGAAGAAGGGAAUGAAUGCGACGAUGUGGUUGAUUAUGAGGGUGGUGGUGGUGUCGUUGACGUGGUUUUUGAGGAGGCGGCCGACCAAGAUGGGGAGGGUCUUGUUUCUCAGUUGAGUGUUGUCAGCGAUAAAGAAAUCAAACCAGAUGAAAUAGUAAUUAAUGUUGAUAGUUUUGAUAACGAAGGGGCUGACGGGAAAACGAUGAUGGAAAAUUUUUACCGCGUUAAAUUUUAA